AUGGCAGCAGUGAAUCUGGGUGUGGUGCUUAUCUUGUGCGAAGCGCUAGUGAUCGUGAAGACGCAGUUCCUGGAGCAACCGCGUGACACGACGGCCGCUGCAGGCGCUAACGUCACGCUGUUCUGCAUAUUUGACCUGACUUACGACGCCGGUGGUGAGGAAUUCAUUCAAAUAACAUCUAGGUGGUUACGCGACGGUACCGAGGUUAUUGUCACUAAUGAAGACAGAUACUCUUAUAGUGAUGCCGAGUAUUACAAGACAGGCGACCAUAGCAUAGACAUACAAGCGCUACAAUUAGAUAUCGAUGAUGCUGAGUUCUACUGUCAGUGGCAGCAGCAAGGUUCGCUUAACCCCGAGUCUGGCAGAAUUUCUCUGACGGUACUCAUGGAACCGCAAUCAGUGACCAUAUCUCAGAUUGCCAACGCCUCCUCGCCAGAUGACACGCUGCAGUUCGCCUGCGUUUCAAACAGCAGUAAGCCCGCAGCGAACAUCAGCUGGUCGCUGAACGAGGAAGACAUUACUAGUGAUUCGCAGGCAACCGAAGAACCGGGCUUCAUAGAGAAGACCUUCACAACUAAGAGCAUCCUGAGUCAUGUGUUUUCAUCGGAUGAUGAUGAAAAGACGCUGCGCUGUCAUGUCUACAUCCAUGACGAUCUAACCGCGAUCGAUAAAUCAGAGACUCUAUACUUGAGUGAAACUGUUGUCAUCAGCAGCACCAACAAGCCUACCAGCGAUGGCGUCAUCGUCCUAGCAGAGCAGAAGUUGGUAAUGAACUGCGAUGCUAACGGAUACCCAGAGCCGUUCUACACGUGGAUGUACGACGACGCCGAAUACCAGUCCACGGGAACAAUAAACGAGUUAGUGAUCGAGCCAAUAGCGUUCCAGGACAGCGGAUCGUACUCGUGUCAAGCGACUAGUGUCUUUGGUGAUUACAAGUCGACUAACACGAUGAACGUGAUUGUGGCGGUGCCACCAGAGGAUGUUACCAUGACGAUGGACGGCGAUGCUGUUGAGGAGGAUUCGGUAACAUUAACUGCAGAUGAACAUGUAGUUUGUUGCACUGCAAGUAAGGGCUUCCCGGAAGGAACAGUAGAAUGGCAACUUGAUGGCACAGCUAUCGACGGAGCCGUUACUUUACAUGACAGCGAGGACGAUGGCACGGUCACAGACAUAGAGGUGGAAAACAUAUUUGAAAAGGGACUAGAUGGCAGAGCCCACAAGAUGUCUUGA